CUCCAACUCCGCAAUUGUCCGGAGAAGCUCUGUCGAUUUCUCACAAAUUGCGAACUACGAUAGCUUCCACGACCUGCGAGAACUUCGUCGCUAACCUUUCUUAAUCGCGCAAUGGGUAUCGCGCUUAAGCGCUGGCGCUGAAUCCGACCCUAUCCAUGGAGAACCACCCUUCGCCCGAUUCCCGCUCGCAAUUCCCGUCGCAUAGCGAACCGCGAGUAUGGCUGAUCACCGCGGGCGAUUCCCCCAUUGGCAUCUCAGUCGCGCGACAAAUCCUUGCGCAUGGCGACCAUGUCCUUCUCGGGCUUGCGCAUACGGUUCUGGAUCGUGACGAGCGGCGCCGAGAUGGUUUCGACACCUUUCUGGCCGAAGUAGAGGAACAUCGCGAGGAGGGAUGGGCACAACGAAUGAAAUCCGUUCCCUUGGACAUUAGGAUGAUGGGUGAAUGCCAGGCUGUCGUAGCGCAAGCGGUUGCGGCCUUUGGCCGAGUGGAUAUUCUUCUAUGCUGCACAAGUCAAGCUCUCAUUGGAACCGUCGAAGAGCUAUCCGCCUCCCCACAAACCUUGAACCUCGUUCGCGAUCAAUUUGAAGUGAACUAUUUUGGACCUCUCAAUAUAAUUAAAGCUUCAUUGCCUCAUAUGAGGAGAGAGCACUCUGGUCAUAUUAUGAUUUUAUCAGGAAUCACCGCUCAUAUUGGAACACCAGGGCUUGGGAUGUACUGUGCUGCUGGCUGGGCUCUUGAAGGAUUUUGUGAUAGCCUGGCAUUCGAAAUAGCCCCCUUCAACCUCAAACUCACCAUCGUCCAAUGCAGCAUUGAGAUUGGCAUUCUCACCAAUCUAGUCACCAGCGUCCCACCAAUAUUCCCCGCUUAUUCGCCUGUGAAUAACCAUGCACCUUUGUUCCGGGGUAUACUAAAUCAUCUCGUUCCCCGACUCCCCGAUGCCGUUUCCAAGGGAGUAUCCGGCAACACUACAACCAGCAAUCGAUCUACCGAAAAAGAAGAAAACUCAAGAGUGAGCUCGAUCGAGAAUGGCCCAUUCUCAGUUCCCGAGGUUGUCUCGAUACAUCCGCCAUUGAGCUCCGCACACCUGGAGAUCUUAGUCUCGGAAACAGUAUAUGCCAUCACAUCCAUUGCCGGUCAUGAGAAUCCACCCUCGCGGCAUAUUGUCGGGCAAGAGGGUGUCGCCAGUGUCAAGGAGAAGCUGAAAACUGUCAGCGAGGAGCUUGAGGAUUUCAUUCAGGCUAGCUUCGCUGUCGAUGUGGCAGCUGAUGCAGAGCCUGUACCUCCCAUGGGGGUCACGAGUCAAACACCGUUCUAGCGCCUUAGUCUUGAAUGAUCUAAUUGCAUAUCCCUAGGCUAGGAUGACCAUGUUAUGGAAUUCGCCGCCAUCAUGCUUCGUAGCCCUCAACCCGGGUUGAAAAUAGACGACGUGUGACGAGCUCGUCCUUGUUGUCCCAGUUAUCCGUACAUGUCGGGCUAUGUACGACAAUCUAUUAUUCAGCUACUGCAUGUAAACCCAAUCAGGCAAGUUCGAGGCCUGGGUGAAACAAGGCAAGACUGCCACUACCAAUUUCUAAGUGGUACCAUUGGGCACAGUUGUCAGAGCACCCUAAACCCCCCGGACCCGAUGCGCUGGCUAUCUGUUGUUUGCUUGGGUGGCUUGCACGUCGACCGACAAGCCAAUCAGAUUAAUCCUUGGCCUAAUAGUAGCGUUCCCAAUUGUUGCCUCCCCACUAGACCUGUUCAGGCC